UGAGGGCCUGUUUCGGGAUGCAGAUUGUGGCCUGUGUCGCCUCCCUCUUCAGCAUGAUCCUUAGCCUGAUUAAAAUGAAUGAAAUGCCCUUUCACUGCUGGCCAUAUUAUGAUUCCUACCGCUCCCAGAGGAAAGGGCAUGACAGCUGCAGUAUGGCUGCGAACGCCUAUUCACACUUUUUCGCUGAGUGUGUUCUCAUCCAGGCUGCCCUGUUGGCCAUCUCCUUCACUCUGGUCGCCUACUCCUUCAAGGUGAUCAACUGCUGCGCACCACCUCCGAAGAUGCCGGUGAUCACUGUACAAGCCCCCCCUGUCCAACAGUGAGGAGACAAAAAGGACCAGCUCAGAAGGCAGAUGAUCAGCUACACACAAAUGAAACACAAAAAACUGUACUAAUCAAUAUGUUUAUAUUAUCAAUUGAUCAAAUGGCUAUGUGUCAUGUGAAAGUGGUCAUAUGUAAUGACAAACCCACAAAAAGUUAUCAACCCUGCAUGGUAACAUUUCACUUCAGCUCAGGCUCAUGCACUGUUCAUAUGUAUACCGAUGAAAAGUAAGGCACCACAGUUUGUAUAUAACCCAUGUAAUCCUGAGUUAGUAUAACUCCAUUGGGAAGGUUUCAGUUUACUCAGGUUUCAAAGGAUUAAGUAUUGUAUUAGAAAUGGUAUAAUUUUAAGGGUAUUAGUACUGGUAUUGUAAUUUUUACCAAACUGUACAUGACCAAGUAAGAGUUUAGCAACCAACCCUCAGAGUGUAUUGAAUUGAACAGAGGUGUGUUUUAUCCAUACACUUUUUUAAAAUUGCGUUCCUUCUUAUUUCAACCGGACACCAUUUU